AUGGAGAACACCAAGAUGCAAGAGGUCAACACCGGCCUUCAGACCGACGUCAAGGGCGACAAGACCAACCAGCAGGUCAAGGCCGCCGAUCCUGGCCAGAUCGAAAAGCAGAUCAGCCCCGACUAUGACGUUCCGGCUCGCGGCGACGGUCGCGCCGUCGACGACAUGUACGAGCGCAAGGUCUACAUCCUCAACAAGGUGCUCAACGAACACAUUGGCAUGGGCAAGGUGCAAUGGCAGCUCUUCCUCCUCUCCGGUUGGGGAUGGAUGGCCGACAACCUGUGGCUGCAGGGUGUCGCCAUUAUCCUGCCCCAGGUAUCGCGUGAAUUCAACAUCCAGAGCAACAUUCGAUGGAUGACUUUCUCGCUCUACAUCGGUCUCAUCUUCGGUGCCGCCAUCUGGGGUAUCUUGGCCGAUGUCAUCGGUCGUCGUCCUUCGUUCAACAUCACGCUUUUCAUCGCCGGUGUCUUUGGUAUCGCUGCCGGUGGCGCUCCCAACUUUGUCGGCCUGGGUGGUCUGCUUGCCGCUCUCGGUUUUGGUCUCGGCGGUAACUUGCCCGUCGACGGCAUGAUGUUCCUCGAAUUCAUCCCGGCCAACAAGCAGUACCUCCUUACGCUGCUCUCUGUGUUCUGGUCGCUCGGACAGCUGCUCGCUUCGCUCGUCGCCUGGGCCUUCAUCGCCAACUACUCGUGCGAUGGCAACCAGACCAACACACCGGGCGCCAACACCGUCCCCUGUGAUGUCUCGCAGAACAUGGGAUGGCGAUACACCUUCUACACGCUCGGUGCCCUCACCUUUGUCAUGUUCAUCGCUCGAUUCUUCGUCUUCCGCCUGCCCGAGUCGCCCAAGUACUACCUCUCGAAGGGUAUGGACGCCGAGGCGGUUGCUGUGCUCAAGGAGAUCGCUAGCAGGAACGGCAGGCCCCUCGGCGACGACGUCAUUUCCGUAGAAAUCUUCCGCUCUGCUGCUGGACAAGAGGCCGACAUGGACGUCCGCAAGACCGAAGAGGAGCCUACCGGUGUCAAGGCGCUUGCUUCCGCUCCUGGCCGCAUGCUCCGCGAUCUGCGAAAUGUUAAGAUGACUCCGGACCUCUCGCACGUCAAGCCCCUCUUCUACGGUCGUCAGAUGGCGAUGACGACCAUCAUCCUGUGGAUCCUCUGGGCGCUCAUCGGUCUCGCCUACCCGCUCUACAACGCUUUCCUGCCCAUCUACCUUUCCCAGGCUCAAGGUGUCACCGACACUUCCUCCGUCGACGUCACCUACCGCAACUACGCUAUCAUCUCGAUCUGCGGUGUUCCUGGUUCCAUCAUCGCUGCAUGGAUGGUUGAGCUUCCCAGGUCCGGACGACGAGGCGCUCUCGGUAUUGGCACUAUCCUGACGGGUGUUUUCCUGUUCCUCUUCACCACGGCUACCAACGAAGGUGCUGUGCUCGGUUUCAACUGCGCCGCUGCCGUGGUUCAGAACAUCAUGUACGGUGUUCUCUACUGCAUCACGCCUGAAGUGCUUCCCGCUCCUCACCGUGGAACUGGCGAUGGCAUCGCCGCCGCGCUGAACCGUAUCUUUGGUGCUAUGGCUCCCAUCAUCGGUAUCUACGCUGGUGGUACUGCACCGCUGUAUGUCGCAGCUUCGUUGUUCCUCUUCUCGGGUGUUCUCUCGUUCCUCAUCCCACUCGAGUCGCGCGGAAAGAGUGCUCUCUGA